CACAGCAUACCUGAGUAUUCGUGCUGACCAUGCCCAUCCCUUUAUGGCCACAGUGUACCAUCUUCUGACGGCUACUUCCAGCAGGAUAAUGCACCAUGUUACAAAGCUAGCCCAAAAUCUUUGAGGAAUGUUUCAGGCACCCUGACGAAUCCACACUAAAAGUGUCUUUUAUUUUGAACGUUCAAAUCGGAAGUGACCCUAUUGAUCAUCAGUUACUUUAACAAUUUUCUUUAACGGUACUGUCCGCUGUUGGUCCUUGAGGUUAUGGUCCUCUACUGUUUAUUUUGGCUCUCCCUGCAGCAGGACGUGCGGCUCUGCUGUCUUUAACUAUCAUCUUUACUUCUUUUAUCACACUCUUGCCUUUAACAGCCUGAAGCAUGAGUAGCGCCCCGUGUAAAGGUUAGACAGGGCGGAUCACCCCUCAACACGCCGGGGUCGCGCAUUGUUUGCACUGGAGACCUUCGCUUCUUUGCCACAAUACCUGUAGCUAUUCCGAGGAUGGAACCAAAUGGGAAUUAUUGUGAGGAUGACUCGCAGUGUGCCGAGGAGGAGGAGGAGGAAGAAGAAGAAGUGGAUCCCAGAAUCCAGGGAGAGCUGGAGAAGUUAAACCAGUCUACAGAUGACAUCAACCGCUGGGAGGGUGAGCUGGAGGACUGUCGUCAGAAGUUUCGGGCAGUGCUGGUGGAAGCAACAGUGAAGCUGGACGAGCUGGUGAAGAGGAUCGGACGAGCAGUGGAUGACUCCAAACCCUACUGGGAAGCACGCAAAGUAGCAAGACAGGCUCAGAUUGAAGCCCAGAAAGCUACUCAGGAAUUCCAGCGGGCUGUGGAGAUCCUGCGGGCAGCCAAGGAGACCAUCGCUCUGGCUGAGGAAAGGCUUCUUGAGGAGGACACACGUCAGUUUGACUCCGCCUGGCAGGAAAUGCUCAACCAUGCCACACAGAGAGUGAUGGAGGCAGAGCAGGCAAGAAUGCGCAGUGAAGCUGAGCACAGAAAAACAGCUGCCAACUACAAUUCCUGUAUCAACCACAUGAGGCAGUUAGAGAAGAAACUGAAGCGCUCCAUCAACAAAUCUAGACCCUAUUUUGAACUGAAAUCCAAAUAUUAUCUACAGCUUGAGCAACUUAAACAUCAAGUGGAUGAGCGUCAGGCCAAACUUGUGGUUGCUAAGGCAGAGUACCGCACAGCAUUACGCAGCCUGGAGAGCAUCUCAGAGGAGAUCCAUGCGCAGCGACGCUCCCUCGCCAUAGGAACCAGGGAGCAAGGCGUUGGUGCAGAGGGGGACGAAGGUAACGAGGACAUCGCCAGCUUCAAGAUGGAGUCAGACGGUCUGUCAAUGGUGUCAGUAUCAAUUGACGAAGAGGGCAGUCACAGCUCAGAGGAGGAGGCCGACACUCAAACCCCCUCCUCAUCCCAAGCAAUGCCCUCCUCACCUUCCUCUUCGUGCUCCUAUCCAUCCACCUCUUCCUCCACUCCCCUCGACAUGCCUUGCCCUUUCCCCUCUCCCUCGUUCUAUACUCCUUGCUCCUACAUCACCUCCUCUCCAUCUUCUCCCACCCUCUCCUCCUCUUGUCCUGGUGGUCUGGAGUUAGUGAGCCCCUGCAGCUCUCACGACCCAGACUCUGUGUGCGGUUCUGGGCAUGCCUCACCUCUCCUGGGCCCUCGCAGCCAGUGCAGCGGAGCUUCCUCUCCAGACUGCGACCAGGAGAGAGGUGACAGAGCAGAAGGAGCAGAGGCCACAUUAGAGGUCGGUUUGAACAAGCUUAGCUUAACUGUAGCACAAAAACAAGAGGACUCAGAGGUUGAACAAGCUCCCCAUUGCACUGACCCUGACAUCUCCUCUCAAAGCUCUACCACGACAAUUCUGCUACUCAGCAGUGUCUAAUGAAUCCUUGUUGCACCUUAAAACGAUGACUGCUCCCAGCUUUAAGCCUCAGCGUGGACUCACUGGCAAAGCAGUAUAAAGUGCCACAGAAAGCAACAGGACAGAAAUCUACACUGCUGCAUGACUCUUAUUAUUGUGUAAACAUCAGUGUUGUCACAUGCAAGUGGCUCCAAACUGUAUUUAAUGUCAAUUCCUCCCUUGUUGAAUAAAUUGUAUAACCAUGUGGAUAUUGUAAACAAAUAAGGUCAGUGAGUGUCUUUAGUUUAACACCCUGAAUUAUUAGCUCUGGUGUUAUUAGAAAUAUCUCCAAAUUACUCUUGUUUCUUAUGGCAACGAUUGUGUUGUUACUGGAAGUAUUUUUCCAUCCUCUGUAUUUGCAAAGAGACCAUGCUCCUCUUCUUUUGUGCCAUCAAACUAAAACUAAUUUCCUGUUCACACUCUACAGGCUGUCAAUCAUUUCAGUAAUGGUGUACGAAGUUUCUAGCUAUGUAGUGAUGUGUCCCAGUUAAUGAAGUAAUCUUUAAUUAAUGUUAACCUGCUACAGUUUGGAUCACUAAAUCACAUUACUCAUCUUGUUCUGCCUUUCAUUUUUUAAUACCACCUGUUUUGACUCCCGUCACUUUGACAAGCAUAUGGAGUUGAUUUAGGAGAAUUAUGAUGGAGGAAAGUUGAAUGCAAGCAACACGAGAGACUUAAAAUUUGGCCUAAUCUUUCUGAGACAAAGACUGUCUUCCAUUUGGAUUUUGGAUUUGUGAAAGAGUGAAUGAAUGCAUCAGAGUGCAAAGUUUGAACCAUAUCCUGAGGUAGUUUGUUUGGCUGAGUGUUUUGUUUUUGUGUGUGUGUGUUGUGUCUUUGACAGAUGUUUGAUUUUUACCCUGUAGUACAGAUAUUCUAUAUUUAUACUUCAUGUAUUCUUAUAUAUGAACAAUUUUGUGGUUAUUGUUGUAAUUGUUUAACACAAAAAAGCAAUAAAAAUGUUCUUUAUGUAA